AUAACAUAACAUUUUUCUUAAGCUUCGGGAAGUGUCGACAUGACGCUACAAAUUUUGUAUGAAUCUUCGUCCUCAUUGGUCAACAUCGUGGCAACGCUUUUUCUUCACUGAUGUCCAAAGUUACGAACAUUAGGCGAAGCAUCGGUGCUCGAAAAGUUGAUGGACAAGAACUUUCAGCAGUUACACCAUGGGAGGUUAAGUUGACCGAGAGUAGAGCAAAAAAGGAUCGCUCUUGUCGAACUAUACACAGAUUUUUCGGACAGUGAUGAACUUCUUGCCUUACCCGGAAUUGUGCUUUAGUGAAACUUGGAGAAAAAUGCUCAGGCAUCCUUGCCAGAGAGAAGCGUUGGAAAGUACCACGGGAAAUUACUAUGUCUACGUUUCGACAGCUACGUCUCGUCGAAUAAUUUAUACGGAUAGAAAUGGCUGAUAAAUAUGCGACUCGUGCACACAGAGAUCUGUAAGGUUCAUUCAUUCAUUGAAGUUCACCCUCCUCUAUAAUACUGCCCCCUACGAACGGCCUCGAUCCUAGGGUGGGAAUCAGCACCGGGCAAGGGUGGAUUCCAACCCCAGUGUCGUCGCGUCGCGCGCGUCUGUCGGACGUAUUUGCUCUGUGUUUGCCAUCGGAUUCGAGGACUGCCAUUGCUACCGUCAAAACAGAAAUCGCAAAACCAGUAGCCAAUUGCACAUUAAUCCGAAAGUGACUACCCCAGUUAAAAAAUCCAAUUAAAUAACUUAAUCUCGACCAAAAACGUCGCGUAAAACAGUUAUACACGAAAGAAGCUAAUGUCUAUCAAAAUAAACUAGUCGAAGUGAUGUUUCUUUAUAUACCGGAAAUCAAGUGUUCGUUCAUUAUUUAUUGCCUAAAGGCACUCGUGAUUUAAAAACAUAAACUUUCAGUAACUUAAAAUACAGCACGAUAACUAAAAAGAUUUAAACCACCCAAACCAUUAACAUCGUGCAAGAGUGAGUUCGGUUAAGAAAAGUUUUUCAAGUUUUUCAAUUCAAUCGAUAGUUCGAAAAAGUACGACUGUGAAUCGAAGACAACUUUAGUUUCAUCCACGACGACGAAGAUGCUGAGAAUUUUAACAUGGAAAUACUGCCAGUCCUAUUAUUCGGGCUCUCUCGUGGCAUCGAACCAGCAAUAGCUACGCUCGGGGGGUGAGAAAAGCACGCGCGUGCUAUGUCCAGGAGUGAACGAAGCUGUUGGUGAGGCAAGUUACCGAUGACGUAGUGGACAUGAAUUGGUCGUCCAGAUGGUCGCCAUUGUGGGUUCUGAUUUUUAUUCUUCUCAAAUGUGGUAUAUCGGGGGCCAUGCUGGCACUGGAGCAUUCGGUAUCUCCAAGGUUAAUCGUAGCCGCUUCCCAUACGGCGUUAUCUGGAAAUUUGUCGGUUCUGAUUUUGGAAUUACCGACAUUCGAAAAAUCCGUGACUUCGGUGUCGACCACCACCGAGGAUGCGGAUAUCAUUAUGGAAGAGGACGAGGAUGAUGAGAUAGGGGGUCAAAGUCGUAACGAAGUAUUCGGCGUACCGUUGGUACUGAGAGUUCUACGACUGGAUGGCUUCAGCUCGGAGCUGGUGGGCGAAGUUCCCGUGGAAAAUGUAGCAGCUUCCGGCGGAAAUGUCUCCCUCGUGAUACCCUGCGGCUUCUUUUCACGUGGCGGUACUUACUCCCUUCAGGUACAGCAAAAGUCUUCAGCGUCUCAAGACAAAUUUAUCGACGUCACCGACCUUCAUGAGCUUCAGAUGAAAACCAGUCUGGACGUAAGAUGGCCGACUCCUUCUCUGUCCUUGGAACCACAACACUUGAAAACUUAUCCUGGACAGCCAGUUCUGGCGACUUUGGAAUACGCUGGGAUAUCCUGCACACCAUCUGCAGGGGUUCCUGUAACCACCUACUCUUUGCAACUCAUAUAUUGCGGUGCCAGCGUGCUGUCCUGUGACCCACGUAAUAAGACUCACGUACAGGCGCUGUACACCGAGGAGGUCAAAGGGUUUCCUCUUCAAAGGGUCGUUACUCUACGGUGCGAAUUUUUUGGAUUGGCUGGCCAUUACGCCCUCAGACUUAAACCAACAGACGCUAAUCCGAGUGCUCCGACUACUAGCGCCUACAUCAAGGUCGAGUGGUCGGAUCAGUUUGUCUUCAACGUUCACGCCCGAUCGGUAAAGCCUUGCGUCGGAAGUACCGGUGGCAUAUCGGUCCUCUUCGAGUAUCCUUCCUGUCGCCUCCAGGGCGACCGUGUAAGGGUGUAUGGCCGACUUAGAGCCGACGUGGCUUCCCUGGCUCCUCCAUCGAGCCUCCAUUACGUGGCCGAACUGAAAGCACCACCGGGAAAGCACACACUCACUUUCGACUGCGACAUAUUCACCGAGAGGUUCGUCGAGUAUUGCUUCGUCUACGUUAGCGAAGCCAUCAACGGCGCCAUGACGGAAGUCAGAGUCGACUGCAUACCUACAUAUCCUCUGCAAGACGGGAAUGCUGCUGGUUGGGGACCCUGGAGUCAAUGGACUCCCUGUAGCAGUUCCUGUGUAGGUGGGACGCGAAAUCGUCACAGGUUUUGCGACACGCCACCUCCAAAAUACGGUGCAAAAUUCUGCCAGGGAAAAGCCGUGGAAACCGAAUCGUGCGGCGGGACUGGUGAGCUGGAUCUACACGGCAUAUGGAAUCCUGGAGACUGGGAAUGCCGGCACGGAACAGGAUUAGCUGCGCAUAGACCGGAAGUAACGGCGGAAGUCGGUACGAAGUGCCGUUGUGGCUGCGUGGUUAAUCUUACCGAUGAAAAACCAAGAACGAUACUAGCUGCCAGUACUCAGGCAUGUCCUGGUCGGUCAUUUUGGUUGAUUCAGACAGCAGGAGAAUACACGGUGAGAUUUCAUUUGGACCAAGCAAGAUUUCCAUGUCCAAAACAAUACAUAAAAGUUCGCGAUGGCGAUUCCCUCAGUGCUGAGCUACUCGCAGACGUUGCAUUUGAUAAAAGUGAACCGCCAACAGGGACAGUAAUAUCUUCAGAGAACAGUUUACUCGUGGAAUUCUUCAGCGACGAAAUGGCAGCCGAGAUUGAAUCCUGUGUCGGUGGUUUUCUCGCCCAUGUUAUCACGUUCCAAAAUCCUACAGCUGAUAACGGAACGACAAUCUCAACGUUACUUCUAAAUCCAAAAGUUAUGGCUGCCGCAGGACGAUGGGCAUUGUGGUUGACGCCUGCUCACUUGGUCGCUGCCUCUCUCCUUAUACUCAUGUUUCUUGUCUCUGUUAUACUUGCCUUGCAAUACGCACUCAAGUACAGGAAAUAUCAGAUUGCAGAAGAUCUCGACAGUCUGACGGAUAAUUCAGCCUGCAGUGGUUCCAUGCAAGGACUAGCCAGACGUGCAAGAGCUCUUUCGUCAGCUACUUUGAUAUCUGAAGUCGUAUCCCUAGUACGCUUACCAAGAAGAGGAUCUACCAAACAUUCGAGACUGGAGGAAGCGCCUGCUGAUAUCGAGGAUGGAUAUGAGAGCACGGAAACGCAGGCGGAAAUCUGUUUAAACGGCAGAGUCGAGGAUGAGCAGAGUGUUGACUCUGGUACUUUGAAGCAAAGGGAAUCGGACGAGUACGGUUCACAAAAAACUAUUGUACCAAGUGUCAUGAGCACACCGACGAGACGUUCCUCUACUUCUAGUACUUCGGCACCUGGACAACCCGAGGUCAAGUACGCCCGACCAGUUAAGCUUCGUACGGUCGGUCCUAUAAGCCCCGUAUCAGAGGAAACAUCAACUUCGGAAGGCAGCAGACGUUACAGCGUAACGAGCGCUUCGACCAGCGUGAAUAACGUAAGAGUCCCUCACCCCAAAUCAUCUACCCUUCUGCAGGCCAAGGGAUUCUCACCCGCUAGUACGUCCUCGAACAUCUCAACGUUGCGAUGCGGGAAGGAGUCGAAGGAUCGUCGUAACCGGGAGAGACUUCUUCAGGGACCAGGGUCCGAAUUCAGCUUAGCCAAUCCGGACAUGGACCUGGAGUUGGAUUAUUAUGAUUACAAUGUGGUAAAUGCCGGUGCAGCACCAGGAUCUUAUCUAGGAAUGGAUCCUGCCUUCCUCGUCUGGAUACCUCCACUGGACCCUGGAGAUUCUGAAAUCCUUGGAGCCAUCGAGGAGGAUCAUUAUUAUGAAGAAAUUCCUGAUAGAAGAAGCGAACUGGGAUCCAGGGUGAAAUUAGAUACAGAAGGUGCUGCGUUGACAGCCGCAGAGUAUAUGCUGGUGAAGUCAAGAGGCGAGGAUCGCACUGUGGGACCUGAUGGUACUCGCCGUGCAGAGGACGAAAUUCUUCCUAGGAGAUUGGAUCCUGGCGAGAGCCGUCUUCAUGAUGAGAUCAUUACAGAAUAUCGAGCUAGACUAAGUGAGGGGUUGCUUCCAAUUCACAGAUUGUUGGAGGAAUCUCGUGUUAGAGUGAGCGAGGAAUCUUUAGCUCGACAAGCUCAGGAAGAUCCUGGAGUACAGAUAGACAUAAUACCUAAUCGUCUUGUAGAAGAUGGCGACAGGUCGGAGUCAAAGGAAAAAUCAGAAUCAAAAUUCACCCCCAAAACGACCAGGAAUCGUUUACAAGAGGAACACGAGAGAUCGAAAACAUCAGGUGUAUCAAGAAAUAGGCAUCGAGAUGAUAAUCAUGAUCGUUCAAGGACCCCUGGUGGUUCACCACUGUCAGUAACAGCUAGUAAAAGUCGGAAGCAUUCCAAUUCGAAUCCAAAUAGUGGUAAACAAUCUGACGAAUCAGACUGUUCCACCAGGACGGCUGCAAACGUCAGAAGCCGUCUAGAGAACGAUACCGAUAGUCAUUUAAAAAAUAGUCCAGUCCUUAGUGGAACUACCAGGAUCUCCGAGGAAAUGUCCAGGAGUCGUGCUCUUGAAGGUAACGAAGCUAGGUCUAAGAGUUCCAAGAUACGAAAGGAUACCAAACACCAAGAAUCUCGCGAUUUGGACCGCGACUUCUGUGAGAGGAAAGAUGACGCCAUAUCAUCUAAGCCAAAGACACCCAAUGUUCAACGCAGGUAUAAGGAUAUCACCGAGCUAAAUACUAUUUGCGACAGUCAAAAAAUCGUGAAUCCUGUAAAUAUUCCAUUGAAAGAAUUCCCAAGGGGUAGACUAGCUUCUCCAGCGAAGGUGCAUAAAUCAAAGGAAGCCAGAAAGGACGUCAUCGCGCAAAAGGAAAUUCAAAGUCCUGAUUACGGAGUGGAAGUCGAUAUGAAGGAAGAACCUAAAGGAUCCUUUUACGACCUCAUUGGCGAGGGUGAGGAUGGGUUUAAGUUUGCCGACGAAGAUGAGGAGUACGUGGACAACAAAGUCACAGCUUGAACUAUAACAGAUAACCAGUCGAAUAAACCAGGAGUCAUAGUCUAAAAGUUGCGAAAAUUAACGAUUAUUGGACGAUCGACCAAUCACUAUUACAUGGAGAUGUCAAAAGGGGCAUUUAUGAUCUCUCUAAACUUUUCGCAUCACGCGAAUAUAAUCGCAUUCCGGAUAUUUCGUUCGGUGAGACUAGGUUAUUCCGAAUUUAAGAAGCUCCCAACGGUACUGAUUACUGAAUGGAAAACGUUCAAAGUUUCUUCUCUAUCGGGAACACAGUCGGUGCAGUAAAGUAAACUCAGACUGAAAGCCAAUGAACUCGGGUCAAAGAUGAAACGGUAAUGAAACCAACAUAAAUCGAGCUGCGAUUGGCUCUCACGAGCUUAAUCAAAGAUACGUUCUGCUGAUAAUCUAGAUUCAUUUAAUAGACUCAAUGGAUAACUCAGAAUCGAUUCACCCUGGCUUGAGUUUUGCUUUGAGAUUUAUUGCAAGGUGAUGUGAUUUAUUAUUUCGGGCAUUUUCGGUGCAAUGUAUUACGUAUGUAUUAUGUAAAGAAACACUUCUACCGUGAAACUUCUAAGUCUUAUAAUUAUAAUUAAGCUAAAUCAAAUUAAUUUUAAGGCCGAUAACAGAGUACUUGGAAAUGAUAUGUCGUAAUCGCAUUUUAGGUUAAGGUCAAUUCGUUAUCAAUAUGAUCCUUUCUUCAAGACGUGUAUGGAUAAUUGUGAGGAUGAAUAACGAUGCGUUCUUAUUGAUUUUAUCGAGUAGUGAUAAUGGCGUAUCAAUAACAAGGGGAAUCUCAUUCGUUACGACUCGAUGAAAUGUUAUACGAAUGGGUAUUGGUGAUUUCAUUCGCACGCCAAUUAUUAAUCUACAGGCAUGAUUGUGUGGUAUAUAAUAAUGGAAUUACUUUUUUUGCAAAUGAAUUCGUUUCAACGUCAUAAAUUUAAUUGAAUUAAUUUUCUCGCAUUAUUUAGAACGUUGUUAUUCAUUUAGACCUAUGCAAAUCGUAUUAAAUUUGUAACUCUAGUCAUUAUAUAGGUACUUUAUUAUUAUUUUAAUUCGACAUAAAUCUUCACUCGUAUCGCAGGAGAGAACGCAGGAUUUUUUGUUUAUUUUUAUAUAAUGUUCAAUUAAUCAAAAUAACGAGAUUAUCUCUUUAGGCAUUUUUGUACGGGAAAAAGAGUAUGCUAAGCUGCAAGGCCAAAUAUUAUUUUCUAGGACGCCAUUGAAAUGAUGACACUGCCCGAAGAAGAGAAUAAGGAAAGACGAGGAACAACAAAUAAGAUUCACAGUUGAAGUUGCACACGACGUGGUUGAAAAAAAUAUAAUAUUUUUAUACAACGUGCAUUUAAUGAAAAUUUAUAUUUUAACAAGUUUUUGUAUAAUCAAUUUAGAUAUUAUUUACUGAAAAAUUUAUUACUUGAAAAAUUUUAAAUUUCAAGCACUCCUGACAAAAUUAAUUUACUUCAUUAUUGUUUCUAAAAUGUUUUUUUUUUUUAAUAUUGUGCAACGCUCCAUGUCUUAUGCUGUGUCGUGUGUAGCGAAAUUUCAAAAAGAAAGAGAAAAGGACGUCUUGUAAGAUUUAACGAAAAAUCGAUGAUCCUAGAUAAUAAGAUUAUUUAAAUGUGGCAGCGACAGUCAAAGUAUUAAGCGUAUGGUUACGCCGGAUUCUCAAUGGCGUAAGACCAAAACACAUUUAGCUACAGUUGUGUAAUAGCCUAGAUUUCAUAUGUAAAUUGUUCCUAAUCGAUAGCAAAAUCCAAAAGGAAGCGAAUUUUUCAUGAAGAAUUCAAAAGACGAGAGGAGGGGAGGGGGCAAGUAAAGUGAAUGAAGAAAAAAGAAGACGAAGAAAAGGAAAAGUACAUGUAAUAUAUGUGUAUUUAUUUACGAAUCUAUAUAUUUAUUUCUAGUCAAUUAUUUAUUGUAUAAAAUACCCAAUAUAUUAUCAAUGUUAUCAAAGCGUAGCGAUAAAUGAAUUCUGCGAUAUUUCCGUAUGAUUCGUGUGAGGAAUCCAUUGUGGGUUUUCUUUCUAUCAGAAAGACAUGAUUUUCUCGCAGAUUUUUAUAUGCGACCUCAUAGCACAGAUCCACUCGUAAUUCUGAGAAAAGUCCAAAAAAAAGUCGACCACAGACUGAUACAGGUUGGCUCUUACUUCUACGAGAUAUUUCUUUCGUUAGACGCUCAAUUUUUUAAUAUUACUUUUGAUUUUAAUUUUUUACUUUGCCGCUUAGCCCAGUUAUGAUCGUAGUCUGAUUAUAUGAUUAUGUACUGUGUAUUUUGUAGUUGUUGAUAAAUAAAAUAUUUACUAGAAAAAUA